UGAGGCGGCUUCGUGAUCGUGACUUCCGUGGACACCACGACUAAGAAAUUCUCCCGAUGACUUUUGAGACACAUUAAUAAACGAAUGAAAUGUUGACUGAUGACGCGUCAACGGGACAGAAGAGGUGUCUUUUCAAGCGUGAUCACGGAGAAGAGUGGCUUUUCUGUCUCUGUAGCUAGCUAGCGUUAGCUUCAGGAUGGUAAACUGAGAUGAGCGAUGCCAAUUUUUACGAGACAAUGACAAAAUGUACUGUGCACUUUCAAUAAAAUUCACGGGAUUUUACAUUUAAGAAGAGUUGUACUUCACUUUUUCACUACCUCGAAGCGGAGAUGAAGAGUUGUGAGUACCAGCAGAUCGAUCCCCGUGCGCUGUCCGUGUCCCCGCUGUCCGCCCAGAGCCAUCCACAGACCAAAGCGCAGCGCCCGCGGAGGAAAUGGGAAGUUUUCCCGGGGAAGAACCGCUUUUUCUGCAAUGGACGUAUAAUUUUGUCCCGUCAGAGUGGGGUUCUCCCUCUAACUUUGGGCCUUAUUGUGAUCACCUGUGGCCUGUUUUUUGCAUUUGAUUGUCCUUUCUUGGUAGAGCACCUGACCGUCUUCAUACCUGUGAUUGGGGGAGCCCUUUUUGUGUUUGUGAUCCUGUCUUUGUUCAGGACAAGCUUUACAGACCCGGGGAUCUUACCCAGGGCCACCCCAGAUGAAGCGGCAGACAUAGAGAGGCAGAUAGAUUCUUCGGGAUCCUCUUCAUAUCGACCCCCUCCCCGUACCAAGGAGAUCCUCAUUAACCAGCAGGUGGUAAAGCUCAAAUAUUGCUUUACAUGUAAAAUGUUCCGGCCUCCUCGGACUUCACAUUGCAGUCUGUGUGACAACUGCGUUGAGCGAUUUGACCAUCACUGCCCUUGGGUUGGAAACUGUGUGGGAAAGCGCAAUUACCGCUUUUUCUACAGUUUCAUCAUCUCCCUGUCUUUUCUCACAUCUUUUAUAUUUGGCUGCGUCAUCACUCACCUUACCUUGCGUUGUCACGCUGGUAAAAGCCUUAUACAAGCCAUUCAGGAGAGCCCUGCCAGUAUAGUGGAGUUGGUCAUUUGCUUCUUUUCUGUGUGGUCUAUUUUGGGCCUGUCAGGCUUCCAUACAUACUUAGUGGCCUCCAAUCUUACAACAAAUGAAGAUAUUAAGGGCUCUUGGUCGAGUAAACGAGGUGCAGAGGAUUCUGGGAACCCAUACACUUAUAACGGCAUCAUCAAAAACUGUUGUGCAACACUAUGUGGCCCUAUGCCACCCAGUUUGAUCGACAGACGAGGUUUUGUACCUCUGGAUGAGGCGGCCGCUGCUGCUUGUACUUCAGAGAUUGAGCUGCCUCCAUUCACAGCCAAGAAUGACACAAACAUGUGCACGCAAAGCACAAAGGAUGUGUUGGAGAGGAUGCUGCACUCCUCUGACUUUCAUGGCGUGUGCCCAGCUGGACCUCCAAAAACCUCUCCUUUGGGCCUGGAGGCCUCCGACUCUCUGGGCGCGGCCCGAGCGCCCAGCAUGUGCUCGCGACGUGCCGACAGUCCCUGCACCACCUGUGCCAGGAGCAGGAAGGACUCUUUGCACUCCAUCAACCCAGCUUUCCGCUUGGCAUCGCCCUCCCCUUCACUGCCCCGUGUCAACUUGGCUCUGAGUGACACACAGGAAAAGGGGUUCAUCCCACUUCCCUAAGUAAUGGGUUGUAUUCAGAUGUUUAAAUGGGAUGAAGUCACACUCAGAUGAAGGUCAGAAGCCAGAAUGCCUGUAUCAGAUUCAUUUUAAUUUCUCAAGAAAUGUCCUACUAAUAGGCCUGUCACGAUAAUUACUAUAUCAACCUAUCGUUCAAUAUGUGAUAGCUGUAACAAUAUUUUUUGGUGCUCAAUAUUUAUCGUAUGUAUAAUUUC